AUGGAAGACCACCAUAACAAUCAUAGUCACCACCACCACCAACACCAUCAGCAACAGCAACAGCAACAAUACAACGGCAUGUCAACUGAUCUACGACACCUAGUUAACGGAACAAGGUCAACCCAUUUCACUUCAAUACCAACAGCCGAUGAGUUUUUCACCGGUCACCGGAAUCUCACAGCUUUGUUAACUACAACAACUCACCAAAACGAAUACGAGAUGAUGAUGUUGGGUCGUGGUGUUAAUGUUCUCGAAGACUUCAAUAACAUAACCACUCAUGUUCAACAACCACCACCACCUCCUCCAACAACAACCACCACCACCACCACCGCUAGUGUCUCAACUCCUGAAACCACCGCUUGUAUCGGCGGAGACUCUUCCACUGGAAGAUGGCCCAGACAAGAAACUCUUACUCUUCUUGAGAUCAGAUCUCGUCUUGACCCUAAAUUCAAAGAAGCUAAUCAAAAGGGUCCCUUAUGGGAUGAAGUUUCUAGGAUAAUGUGUGAAGAACAUGGAUAUCAAAGGAAUGGAAAAAAGUGCAGGGAGAAAUUUGAGAACCUAUACAAAUAUUACAAGAAGACAAAAGAAGGCAAAGCAGGAAGACAUGAUGGUAAGAAUUACAGAUUCUUUCGUCAACUUGAAGCUUUAUAUGGUGAAAACAGUAACCAAACUUGUCAACCAGAAACCAAUUUUGUCAACAACUUCAAUUUUCAAAACCCUUCAAAAACUUCAAACCAAGAGGGUUUUCAUAAUAAUGAUCAUAGUUUAAGUCUCACUACUAACUCAACUGACUUUGAGAUUGAUACUUCGUCUUCGGAUGAUGAGAAGGGGAAGAGGAAGAGUAGUGGGAGGAGGAGUUGGAAGGUGAAGAUAAAAGAGUUCAUUGAUUCACAAAUGAAGAAGCUUGUGGAUAAGCAAGAAGAGUGGUUGAGUAAACUUGUGAAGACACUUGAGGAUAAGGAAAAGGAGAGGGUUUUGAGAGAGGAAGAGUGGAGGGCGCAAGAAGCGAAAAGGGUAGAAAAGGAACAAAGGUUUUGGAGUAAAGAGAGAGCAUGGAUUGAAGCUAGGGAUGCUGCUUUAAUGGAAGCUUUGAAGAAUAUAGGUGGAAGAGAAAUGAAGGUUGAACUUGAAGGUCAUAAUCAUAAGGGUGUAAAUGUAAUAAAUGAAGGUGAGAUUCAUCAAAACAACAUUGAAAACCAAAAUGAAGAUGGGAGUGAGAUAUUGAAUAGUACUGUGAGAGGUACUGAUAAUAACUAUCAAAGGGAUUCUUUAUCUUUACAAGAAGGAAACAAGAAGAGAAAGGAGAAUUUUUACUUCAACAAUAAUGAACAAUGUUCUAUGUACAAUCAAGGAAGUGGUUAUUGUGAUGUUAAUCAUCAAAGAGAAGAGAUUGUGAAGCUACAAAGAAAUGUUGAUCAUGGUUCUUCGCCUUCUGAUUCUAAUGUUGCUAAUGUUGCUAAUGGUGAUGCUUGCUUUCCCUUCUUGAUUAAUGAGGGUGGAAGUUUGUGGGAGAAUUUCGGCUUGAAGAUCAAUAAAGCGAACCAAAACAACUGA